AGAGAGAACCCGUACCCAGCUGUGGCUAUGCACAAGGUGCAGCGGCCGGGCGAGGCCAGCCACCUGCGCGGGGCACCCCGGCCCUUCCGGCUGGACGAGGGCAUGGUGCAGUGGAUCGUGGAUCAGGCCGCCGCCAAGAUGCAGGGCGCGCCCCCAGCUGUGACUGAGAAGAGGACCACUGUGCCCUCAGGGCCGCCCAUGACGGCCAUCGUGGAGCGGAGUGGCGGGCUGCAUGGCAACAGCGGCCGCCGGCUGGAGGUGGUCCGGAACUGCAUCUCCUACGUGUUCGAGGGGAAGAUGCUGGAGGCCAAGAAGCUGCUCCCAGCUGUGCUGAGGGCCCUGAAGGGGCGCGCGGCCCGCCGCUGCCUUGCCCAGGAGCUGCACCUGCACGCGCAGCAGAGCCGGGCCGUCCUGGACCACCAGCAGUUCGACUUCGUGGUCCGCAUGAUGAACUGCUGUCUGCAGGACUGCACCUCCCUGGAUGAGCACGGCAUCGCAGCUGCCUUGCUGCCCCUGGUCACUGCCUUCUGCCGGAAGCUGAGCCCAGGGGUGACGCAGUUUGCCUACAGCUGCGUGCAGGAGCACGUGGUCUGGAGCACACCGCAGUUCUGGGAGGCCAUGUUCUACGGGGACGUGCAGACCCACAUCCGGGCCCUUUACCUGGAGGCUGCUGAGGACCGAGACUCCUUCUCGGUGUGUGGGGGCUCCCUGGGCCGGGGGGUGGGUGGGCCUGGCUCUCGCUCACCUGUGACCCUGCGGCAGGCAGGGGAGGCCCCCGUGCAGGACGAGCGCUCUGCCCUGGACGUGGCGUCUGAGCAGAGACGCCUGUGGCCCACGCUGAGCCGGGAGAAGCAGCAGGAGUUGGUGCAGAAGGAGGAGAGCACCGUCUUCAGCCAGGCCAUCCACUACGCCAACCGCAUGAGCUACCUGCUUCUGCCCCUGGACAGCAGCAAGAGCCGCCUGCUUCGGGAGCGCCCGGGGCUGGGCGAGCUCGAGAGCGCCAGCAACAGCCUUGUCACCAACAGCAUGGCGGGCAGCAUGGCGGAGAGCUAUGACACAGAGAGCGGCUUCGAGGACGCAGAGACCUGUGAUGUGGCUGGGGCUGUGGUCCGCUUCAUCAACCGCUUUGUGGACAAGGUCUGCACAGAGAGUGGGGUCACCAGCGACCACCUCAAGGGGCUGCAUGUCAUGGUGCCAGACAUCGUCCAGAUGCACAUUGAGACCCUGGAGGCCGUGCACAGAGAGAGCAAGAGGCUGCCCCCCAUCCAGAAGCCCAAGCUGCUUCGGCCCCGCCUGCUACCCGGAGAGGAGUGUGUGCUGGACGGCCUUCGUGUCUACCUGUUGCCCGACGGGCGAGAGGAGGGCGCGGGGGGGCCCGGAGGCGGCCCUGCGCUGCUGCCGGCCGAAGGCGCCGUGUUCCUCACCACAUACCGGGUCAUCUUCACGGGGAUGCCCACCGACCCCCUGGUGGGGGAGCAGGUGGUGGUCCGCUCCUUCCCGGUGGCUGCGCUGACCAAGGAGAAGCGCAUCAGCGUCCAGACCCCUGUGGACCAGCUCCUGCAGGACGGGCUGCAGCUGCGCUCCUGCACCUUCCAGCUGCUGAAGAUGGCAUUUGAUGAGGAGGUGGGGUCUGACAGCGCUGAGCUCUUCCGCAAGCAGCUGCACAAGCUGCGGUACCCCCCCGACAUCAGAGGCACGUUCGCACUCACCCUGGGUUCUGCCCACACCCCCGGCCGGCCGCCCCGUGCCACCAAGGACAAGGGACCUUCCUUCAGGACCCUGUCCCGGAACCUGGUGAAGAACGCCAAGAAGACCAUGGGGCGGCAGUAUGUCACGCGGAAGAAGUACAGCCCCCCCAGCUGGGAGCACCGGGGCCAGCCGCCCCCGCAGGACCAGGAGGAUGAGAUCUCUGUUUCGGAGGAGCUGGAGCCCAGCACGCUGACGCCGUCGUCAGCCCUGAAGCCUUCGGACCGCAUGACCAUGAGCAGCCUGGUGGAGCGGGCGUGCUGCCGGGACUACCAGCGCCUGGGGCUGGGCACGCUGAGCAGUAGCCUGAGCCGAGCCAAGUCUGAGCCCUUCCGGAUCUCCCCAGUGAACCGCAUGUACGCCAUCUGCCGCAGCUACCCCGGGCUGUUGAUCGUGCCCCAGAGCGUCCAGGACAACGCUCUGCAGCGCGUCUCCCGCUGCUACCGCCAGAACCGCUUUCCGGUGGUCUGCUGGCGCAGCGGGCGCUCCAAGGCUGUGUUGCUGCGCUCUGGAGGCCUGCACGGCAAGGGUGUCGUAGGUCUCUUCAAGGCCCAGAAUGCGCCUUCUCCAGGCCAGUCCCAGGCGGACUCCAGCAGCCUGGAACAGGAGAAGUAUCUGCAGGCCGUAGUCAGCUCCAUGCCGCGGUACGCGGAUGCAUCCGGCCGCAACACGCUCAGCGGCUUCUCCUCCGCUCACAUGGGCAGCCAUGUGCCCAGCCCCAGAGCCAGGGUCACCACGCUGUCCAACCCCAUGGCGGCCUCGGCCUCCAGACGGACUGCGCCCCGAGGGAAAUGGGGCAGCGUCCGGGCCAGCGGGCGCAGUGGUGGGCUCAGCACUGAUGUGGGGUCCCGGCUAGCAGGCGUGGGCCCGCCCCAGGCCAACGGGGCCCCUGCUGACCCAGGCUUUCUGCGGCCACAGCGUGCAGCCCUCUAUAUCAUUGGAGACAAAGCCCAGCUGAAGGGCGUGCGGCCAGACCCCCUGCAGCAGUGGGAGCUGGUGCCCAUUGAGGUGUUCGAGGCGCGGCAGGUGAAGGCGAGCUUCAAGAAGCUGCUGAAGGCCUGUGUCCCGGGCUGUCCUGCCACCGAGCCUGGUCCUGCCUCCUUCCUGCGCUCGCUGGAAGACUCAGAGUGGCUCAUCCAGAUCCACAAGCUGCUGCAGGUGUCGGUGCUGGUGGUGGAGCUCCUGGACUCGGGCUCUUCCGUCCUGGUGAGCCUGGAGGACGGCUGGGACAUUACCACGCAGGUGGUGUCCCUGGUGCAGCUGCUGUCGGACCCCUUCUACCGCACCCUGGAGGGCUUUCGUCUGCUGGUGGAGAAGGAGUGGCUGUCCUUCGGCCAUCGCUUCAGUCACCGCGGCGCCCACACCCUAGCUGGGCAGAGCAGCGGCUUCACUCCAGUCUUCCUGCAGUUCCUGGACUGUGUGCACCAGAUCCAUCUGCAGUUCCCCAUGGAGUUCGAGUUCAGCCCUUUCUACCUCAAGUUCCUUGGCUACCAUCACGUGUCUCGCCGCUUCCGGACCUUCCUGCUGGACUCCGACUAUGAACGCAUUGAGCUGGGACUGCUUUACGAGGAGAAGGGGGAUCGCCGGGCCCCGCAGGCCUGCCGCUCGGUGUGGGAGUACGUGGAGCGGCUGAGCAAGCGGACGCCCGUGUUUUACAACUACAUGUACGCGCCGGAGGACGCGGAGGUCCUGCGGCCCUACAGCAACGUGUCCAACCUGAAGGUGUGGGACUUCUACACCGAGGAGACGCUGGGAGGGCCCCCGUACGACUGGGAACUGGCGCAGGGGCCCCCUGAGCCCCCGGAGGAAGAGCGGCCAGAUGGGGGUGCCCCCCAGAGCAGGCGCCGGGUGGUGUGGCCCUGCUAUGACAGCCGGCCCAGAGCCCAGCCCGACGCCAUCUCCCGGCUCCUGGAGGAGAUGCAGCGACUGGAGACUGAGCUGGGCCGACCCCCCGAGCGCUGGAAGGACGCCUGGGAUCGGGUGAAGGCGGCCCAGCGCCUCGAGGGCCGGCCAGACGGACGUGGCACCCCCGGCUCCCUGCUGGUGUCCAGCGUGCCCCACCACCGCCGCUCGCUGGGUGUGUACCUGCGAGGCCCUGUGGGCUCCACGCUGAGCCUCAGCCUGGACAGUGACCAGAGCAGCGGCUCUUCCGUGUCCAGCUCGCGGCAGGCAGCCCGCCGCAGCACCAGCACCCUCUACAGCCAGUUCCAGACGGCGGAGAGUGAGAACAGGUCCUACGAGGGCACCCUGUACAAGAAAGGUGCCUUCAUGAAGCCCUGGAAGGCCCGCUGGUUUGUGGACAAGACGAAGCACCAGCUGCGCUACUACGACCACCGCGCUGACACGGAGUGCAAGGGUGUCAUCGACCUGGCCGAGGUGGAGGCUGUGGCGCCAGGCACGCCGGCCAUGGGCGCCCAGACCGUGGACGAGAAGGCUUUCUUUGACGUGAAGACGACGCGUCGUGUUUACAACUUCUGUGCCCAGGACGUGCCGUGCCAGCAAUGGGUGGACCAGAUCCAGAGCUGCCUGUCGACGCCUGAGCGUGGCCCUGCCCCGCAGCCCUGUGUCCAGUUACCGACCACUAGGGGUGGGCAGGGCCCCGGCCAUGUUUACCCCCCACCUUGA